CUGUAGUGUGGAGACUUAGCCGUGACGGUGGCGACCCUGUACCACCACAUCGACAUUGUGGAAAUGCUGGUGGCACACUCGUCGCUGGACGUGAACAAACUUGAUCAAGACGGCUUUUCAGCGCUUGCGCAUGCGUGCUUCGAAGAAUUCGAAGACAUCGUGUUGCUGUUGCUAAAACACUCGGCGAUCCAACCACUGGCGGGCACCAAGUCCGCAUUUACUCGGUCCGUUGAAAAGGGCCAUUCGGGCAUCCUUGACCAUUUGCUCGCGCACACUCCCCUACCAAGCAGUGUGCUGCCGUCGGGAGAAUUGCCGCUCGCGGUCAUGGCGUGCCAACGAGGCCACCUGGAUGUGGUGAAGCUGCUCCUGACGAAAGGCCUGUUUCAAAACGACCCGCCAGACAUUCAACGGCAGGCAGUGUACCAAGCUCUGGCGAACAAGCGCAUCAAGUUGUCGCGAUUCCUGCUUCUCGACAACUUUGCCAAGCUCACGUUGGCGCGAACGCCUCCGGGCGAACGGACCUUGCUCCACGCAGCGGCGGCAAUUGGAAACGAAGCGAUGGUGGCCGCGCUCGUCGGGCAUCGCGUUGACGACGUUGCGGCACUCGAUAGCAACCACGAAUCAGCGCUCCAUGUCGCGGCGAAAGCAAGCAACUGGGAAGUUGCCAUUCGUCUCUUGAGUGCCGACUUGCCGAUCGAGAUUGUACACGGUCAAGUGGUGCCAAAAUCGAGUCCUGGGCAUUCCUGGACUGCCUUCGCCGACCCGUCUGGACCGUUUGCAAUGGUGGACGAAUCGACCCGCUGCGCCGUCGUGCGGGCGAUUGUGCUGCAGUUUCCAGAGUCGAAACAAACCGAUGUGGCCCAAGCGUUGCUCGCAGCCAUCCAUCCGACGUCCAACCAAAGUGUCGGGACUUACAUUGACCCGGCAUCGCUCAACCUAUUGACCUUGUGGGCCACAUCGACCCCUGUGGCCGCUGCAGAUGGCUCAGACGGAGAAGAGGACCUCGCUGGUGGUGGCGACGACCAUGCAAACAAAACCUCGAUCGAUGCCGCAUCAACUUUGAAUUUUUCCAAACCGUCGCGCCCGCCAGGAGUCAGCAGUGACGCUGGAUCGUCCGACAGGUCUAGCGCUCGCCUACGAAAGUCCAUCAUGCUGCAGCCCAUGCAGCAUCUCAACUCGAGCGUGAGCGCGAACGAGAUGUUUUACCUGGCAUGUCAGUCGGGGGACAUCAACAUGGUGCGAUCUCAACUGCCGCUGGCGAGUUCCGGAAAGCUCGACUUGAAUCGGUUCACGCAUCAUCAGGAUACGCCGCUGUGUGUGGCGUGUGUCGAAGAGCGCCUCGACAUUGUGGCCCUGCUGCUGUCCCAGCCAUCGAUUCAAGUCAACUUGUGCAACUACUCGCACCCUCCUCUUACGUUAGCCGCCGGUCUCGGGCGCGUCGAAGUCGUCGAGCUUCUUCUCAGCCACCCAUCCAUCGACGUGAAUGUCGCUACAGCCAGGCGAACCCCGUUGACUGCGGCGUGCGAAAACGGUCACUUGGCUGUGGUCAGGCUGCUGUGCGCGCGGCCCGACUUGAAACUCAACCUCCUCGACCAUGACGGGCACUCGGCGCUCUUCUCCGCUUGUUUGCAUGGCAACACCGACGUCGUGCGCUUCUUGCUGACGCUGCCUGACCUGGACGUGAACCUUCUUUGUUGCGGAGAUUUGGCCCUCACGAUCGCAACAGUGUACCACCACACGGACAUCGUGGACAUGCUCUUGGCAAUUCCAUCGCUCGACGUGAACCACCUGGACCAGGACGGACUGUCGGCGCUCGCACACGCGUGCCACGAAGGAUUCGAUGACAUCGUGUCGACGCUGCUCAAGCAUCCCGCGAUUCAGCUGCGCACGGGAACCAAGUCUGCGUUUACACGAGCGGUCGAGAAAGGCCAUGGCGCGGUCUUGGACCGGUUGAUCGCCCACGAGCCCCUCACCAGCACUGUGCAAUCGCCGACGGAACUGGCGCUAGCUACCGUGGCAUGCCAGCGCGGACACUUGGGCAUUGUCAAGCUGUUUGUGACUCGAGGAAUAUUCCAGAGCGAUCCCCCAGACGUCCAGCGCAUGUCGUUGUACGAGGCCGUGGCGAACAAGCGGCUGAAAGUGGCUCGGUUGCUGCUCGAUACAACAGGCAUCGCGUGGGCUCCAACCCCAAAGGGGCAAUCCACUCUGCUCCACGCGGCCGCGUUGGGCGGAAGCGAGACCCUCGUGGCGGCGCUCUUGGCUCGGAACAUUGAAACGAUCGGAGCACUGGACACGGAAGAUCGCACGGCACUCCAACUUGCUGUGCACGAAGGCAAUUGGGGCGCGGCGACGCUCUUGUUAGGCGCGGAUUUGCCCGUGGAAGUUGCGAUCGACGGCCACGUCGUCCCGCGCGUCAGCUACGACCAUUCGUGGACCGAUUUCGCCGACCCGUGCGGGGUGUACUCUGUCGUGAACGAAUCGACGCGUUGCGACGUUGUGCGCGCGCUGAUGCUGCAGUUUCCUGAAGACAAGCAGGUCGACGUGGCGCAGGGCUUGCUGGCGACCAUGAUCGCGGCCACCGGCUGCAGCGUCGCAUCGUACAUCGACAAGAAAUGCUUGAAUCUCUUGUCGACGUGGGCGCCAUCACCACCCUUGACCGACCCCAGCGCGUGCGAGAGCCGACGGACACUUCGAACGCCAGGCGCAGUGUCCAUCGAUAGGAUCCAGACGACCGACGCGAUGGGCACGUAAUGUCGACUCGACUGCUGCAGGAGAACUUUGAACAAUGCGUGGCAUACAUUUUGAAGCCGACGUGAUGCGUUUGCUGGACAAUGCAAUGAAAGCGAGUAGUUGCC